AUGACCAGGAACAACAGCAGGAGCAAGCUCUUCCUUGCGCUGUUGGCUCUCUGUUUUCUGUCUUUCUUUGCGUCUCCCGUGGCGGCCGAGGCGGCUCUUUGGAACCUGGAAGAUGACGAAUUUGCCAGUCUUGACGAUGAUGUGCUUCCUUUGGAUACAGCUGCCGCCAGUUCCGCGAAAGAACAUCCCAAGGCCAGGUUUUCGUUUUUGAGAGGUCGACACUUGCAGUCUUCGGCCACCACCUCUGAAAGCGUCAACAUUUGGCAGAAACUCAAAGAAUCAAUCGGUUUGACCAUCGUUGGGUGCAUCCUCAUCUGUUGCAUGCCCUUUGUCAUCUACAAGAAUGAGGGGAGGCACGUGACCGAGCUAGCCAGGAUUACUUAUUGCAAAAAUGAAGCCACUUUGGUGGAUUGUUCUGCCCCAGGAGAUGAAACUAUGGGUAAACUGGUUCACUUUUCAGGUCAAGUUACUGUAGGCGAUGGAUUUUUGGAUUUCAGUAACGGCGACGAAUCAGCACAAUCGGCAUUGAACAUUAUUGAGCCACUCCCUAAUGCUAUCUUGCUGAAGCGAACAUGUUACAUUUACCAAAAAUUUGAACAGUCACAGCAAACUACCGAUAAGAAUAUGGUGGGGGGCGGCGAAACGAGAACCACCACGUACACUGUCACAGAGGAUUGGACCCCCAUGGGACCCGAACCGCCAGCACUACCACAUUUGCCAAACGAAACCAAUAGUCGUGGAAUCUGGGAUCAACUGGUAACUGCUGCGGGACGACCGAGUGCCGCUCCAUCGCAACAGCCCAACGACCUUGCCGCAGCUUUAGGUCUGGUUGACAUGUCGCAACCUCCACAGGCUGAAACAGUUUCACCUGCCACACGUGUGGGAGCUUUUGGUCUUUCCAAGGAGGUCGUGUUGGCUUAUCCACAGGUCUUCUCGGACAGCCUCCAGCCUGUGCCCGGUGAUGUCAUUCCUGCUCAAGUUGCUGGGUGUGAUGGUCUCAUGAAAGGGUCCGACAAUAUCCUGCGAACAUUUCCGGAAGGCCAACAACCCCAGAAUGGAGACUGCAAAGUGGUUUACGAGUUUGCUGCCGACGGAUUUGACAGUUCAUUUGUGGUACAGCAGGUUCCCAAAGCUGCGGAUGGAGAAGCCAAGUUUGGCAUUGACAAAGCAAGGGUAAUCGAGAAGAAAUGCCUUGGGUGCGAAAAUGAUCUUGGGGACAUUUGGAUGGUUCGAAAAGGACGUAUCGGCCUCCAUGAAAUGUUGGAUAUGGCCAGGGAAGAUGAAAAGAAAAUUCUCUACUUGAUCCGCGCGGUGGGCUGUGUAUUGCUAUUGGCCGGAUGGAUCAUGUUAUUUUCUCCCUUUGUCACUGCUCUGCAGGUUUUGCCCUUGCUGUCACAACUUGGAUACUUUGCGGUCGUUUUGACGGCUUUGAUUGUGAGUACCCUCUGUUGCCUGACAGUUACCAUUGUAGCUUACAUCCGCUACAGACCCGUGCUGGCCAUUGGUCUUUUGGCUCUGGCUGGUGCAAUCUGGGGUAUUGUAGCUUGGAGACUCAAUGUCGCGGCUGAGACGGGUGGCGGUAAUUAG